GCGGCGGCGAUUGGGGCGGCGCGAGUGAGCCGGAGCCCAGACGUGCUCUCUCGGCGGCGGCGCGGCGGCGGCGGCGACACCGGGCUGGGCCCCCUCCCUCCUCCGUCCCCUUCCUCCUCCCCCUCCCCUCCGUCGUGGCUCCCCGGACUGCCACCCGGCCGACGAGGCGGCGACGCGCUGCAGGAUCAAGUUCUAGAAGUUCAUCUUCCCAGAAAGAAGGGACAGAAAGACCUCUUUGUAAAAAAGUCUUGGAUAUCCCAUGAACGAGACAGCAGAAAACCGAUUGGGGUGCAGCAGGACUCCAGAGCCAGAUAUAAGGCUCAGAAAAGGUCACCAACUUGAUGGUACAAGGAGAGGUGAUAAUGACAACCACCAGGGAGAUUUGGAGCCCAUUUUAGAGCCAUCUGUUCUGUCUUCCCAUCAUAAAACAAGCUCUGAGGAACAGGAGAGCCAUGAGGAAGCUUCACAGGAAGAAGAGGGAUUUAUGGGCAUGUCCCCUCUCUUACAAGCCCAUCAUGCUAUGGAAAGAAUGGAAGAGUUUGUUUGUAAGGUAUGGGAAGGUCGGUGGCGAGUAAUCCCUCAUGAUGUAUUACCGGAUUGGCUCAAAGAUAACGACUUCCUUCUACAUGGACACCGGCCCCCUAUGCCUUCUUUCCGGGCCUGUUUUAAGAGCAUUUUCAGAAUACACACAGAGACAGGAAACAUCUGGACACAUCUCUUAGGUUGUGUAUUCUUCCUGUGCCUGGGAAUCUUUUAUAUGUUUCGCCCAAACAUCUCCUUUGUAGCCCCUCUGCAGGAGAAGGUGGUCUUUGGCUUAUUCUUCUUAGGGGCCAUUCUCUGCCUUUCUUUUUCAUGGCUCUUCCACACAGUCUACUGCCAUUCAGAAGGGGUUUCCCGGCUCUUCUCUAAACUGGAUUAUUCCGGGAUUGCUCUUCUGAUUAUGGGAAGUUUUGUUCCUUGGCUUUAUUAUUCUUUCUACUGUAAUCCACAACCUUGCUUCAUCUACUUGAUUGUCAUUUGUGUGCUGGGCAUCGCAGCCAUUAUAGUCUCCCAGUGGGACAUGUUUGCCACCCCUCAGUAUCGAGGAGUACGGGCAGGAGUGUUUUUGGGCCUGGGCCUGAGCGGAAUCAUCCCUACGUUCCACUAUGUCAUCUCGGAGGGGUUCCUGAAGGCCGCCACCAUAGGACAGAUCGGCUGGUUGAUGCUGAUGGCCAGCCUCUACAUCACAGGAGCUGCCCUGUAUGCUGCCCGCAUCCCGGAACGCUUCUUUCCUGGCAAGUGUGACAUCUGGUUUCACUCCCAUCAGCUGUUUCACAUCUUUGUGGUCGCCGGCGCUUUCGUUCACUUCCACGGUGUCUCAAACCUCCAAGAAUUCCGGUUCAUGAUUGGCGGAGGCUGCAGUGAAGAGGAUGCACUGUGACCGCAGCCAGCAGCCAGGGAUGUGGCCCCUGAAGCAGGCCUGCGCGCGGCAGGCCCCGCGCUGGAGCUUGAAGCCCGUGCUGGAGGCGCCCCCAAACUCACAGCCUCGCGGGCUUUGUGCCGCCCUGGGGACUCCUCGAUACACGACUGAGAAGAGAAAAACAAAAAUAAAUCAUACCUCAAAGGAUGGAGUGCAUCAAUUUGGAGGAAAGGAGAAGUGGCCCAUGGCCCAAACCUUGACUUCUUUUUGAGAUCUACCGAUUGAGGGCUCUGCAAGACCCUUUGCAAACUGGCUUCUGAUCCAUAUCUUAUUUAUUUGUAGAAGAUGGGGAAACAGUUCAGCUGGUGGUUCUUUCUCCUUAAAAAAUAAUAACCAAUUUAGGUGAACAUUUAUAUCCUAUUAAGGGGUGGGAGUAUGAUUUUAGCUGUUCUUUUGAAAGAACAAAGAAAUUAAUGUAAAUAAGAUUUCUAAUUUACUGUUUAAAUGAGAAAUUUAUAUAAAUGUUUAAAACUUAGGGGUAGGGGAGGGAGGGAGAAUUUUUGUAUAGAAUGAAACAUGCAAGUACCACACACUGUUUAAAUUUUGCACAAAGUGACUGUAGGAAGAUCAGGUGAUAGCCCCGGAAUGUACAAUGCCUUGGUGCACCCAGGUGCCUUCUAAAGGCUGGCAUCCUUUGGACUCCAGCGGGGCAGAGUGCAGCUCCGGCCGCUGACCCCACGGCCCCUCUCCGAGCCUUUGUGAGUCCCAAGGUCGAGGGAAGCCGCAUGUGAGUGGCCAGCAGGCUGUUUCAGAUAAAGGCUCUGCGGAAGGCGUCGCCGGAGAGAACGCUUUGUGUUCUGUGCCGGUUACUGACCCUUUCUUGGGCAUAGAGCCCCUUCCUGGGAAAAGUCCGUUUCUGCCAGUGAAGGGGUGGUGGAGACAGUGGAGUGGAGGGACUCCGGACACAUUAGCACAGGCGCUGAUCGGUUUCUUUUCUGCUGAACUGAUUCCUUCUGUUGGAUUUUGUGGGGUACCUUAGCUGAUUGGAAGUUUCGAGUUUCCUGUAUCCUGCUGUGGAACUCUGGGAAUCUCUGGAAAUUUCCCUCUGUUGAAAAUCACUGCCCUGCCCACACUUCUUCCUCCCAGGAAUGCAGGUGGAUGUUUUCUCGGCGUGAUAGUGCCUGGCACGUGGCCAGUCGCUAAAGAGCUUCUAGCCUGGUCAAAUGCCCCCAGAGCUCAUAUAUGUUGGAGAGUACUUCUCCUGGAGUAGGGAAGAGAGAUUUCAUCUCUUGGUACCUGGUUUGAACAGGAAAGCCAACCGAGAACUUUGUAAAGUAGGAUCCUCACCCACCGUGCUUUUCCUAAAGCCCCCUCCCUCCCACCCCCUGGGAUACCGUGGCGUAGGAAGUUUAAAAGGAAACUUACAUGUAAUUGCUAGGAAACGGGGUAGAGUCCUUACAGUUAAAUCUCUGAAGAGCUGUUAGAAUUAUAGCAGGAUUGCUUGUGUCCCUUUUACGGUGUUAGAGAGAGUAGCGGAGGGGAUUUGGCUCAGAAUUCUGAUCCUUAUGAUUGUGGUCAUAGGUGAACCACCAGAAUAGCACUUGAGUCUUUGGUUCCUUCCUCUCGUCCAAGACUUCAGGUCACUAGAUUACAUCCUGGGGACUGUGGGUAUCAGCAAAACAUUGAGGCCCUAAGCAUGGCGCUGGUCUCCUUCAGUGGGUGUUUGGGAAUGUAGGAAUGGUCUUUUCUCCCGUCAGUAUAGAGUUUUCUCAGUUAUUUUUCUCCUUGGGCUCCUUCUAGUCUCCGGCAGAAGCCAGGGAACCAGGAAGGAGUCCAUUGCAGAACUUGGGAAAGAGUAUUUCAGUUCUGGAUAAGGCCACUGCCCGGGGUGCUAGGUGGACCCAGCCAAAAGACUCUCUGGGUGAACUGGUGCAGUGCCUGACAGAGUCACGCGCAGUAUUGACUCCCCGUGGGGGACAGUGGCCGUCUGGAAGGAAGUGCUCUUAGUCUCACGAAAGCCACAGCACAUAUCAGAAGCCAGACUUGCUCUUUGGUCUUGCACUUUGGGAUAAAGGGGCUGAGCCACAGCCCUGUAACACUACCAGUAGAAGUAGCAGUGUCUGGGCCCGGGACCCCACACCCCAAAGGCGGAGCUGAACCUGGUUCAACAUAGCACAAACCAUUAGAAAAAAUGAACUGAAUUAACAUCAACAAUGUGUAAUCCAGUAAAACUUCCCUCUUUAGGGUGUGUGUGUGUGUGUGUGUGUGUGUAUAUGCCCAUUUCUCUGUGCGUGUGUGUGGGCAGGCGUGUGUGUGUGUGUGUGUGUGUGUGUGUGUGUCUAUGUGCGACUUACUACCAACAGCCUCAAUGUGCACUUGGUCCUACAGUGCUCGCUGAGAACUCUCACCAGGUUGGCGCCUGAAUGCCUUACUCUCAGCAAUUAGAGGCUUGCUUGCUCUUUGUAGUUUUAAUUUACAUUUUUUGGCCCUAGGCUGGGUAGGACCUCUACAGCUUCAUUCUUUCACCAUUAAAUAGUGGCCUUUUUCAGUAUUUCCCCUUCCCCUUUAUAAAUUGCUGAAGCCACAAAGCACAUUUUGGGGGCGCAUAGAAGGUUGGGUUCCAAAAAGGCAUCUGUGUGAUGGUUUCAUUCACCAUGGGAUUUCUUUACUUGCUGUAUGCUCAACUUCUAAUAAAAGAACCAAAUAACAUA